GCCAUGACUCCAUCUCCUCGCCAUCCCAUCCUCCUCAUGCGACGCAUUCCGGCCGUCGAUUCUGCUGCCGUCUGAUUCCUUCAAGGGCCGCAGGAAGGGUUCCUCAAUCGCACAUGCACGUUGAUGAUCUUAUCAACCUCCUCCAUGGCUCCGACCCCGUCAGGGUUGAGCUCAACCGCCUCGAGAAUGAGGUCCGAGAGAAAUUCAAGAAUAAAGAUGAUUUUGUUGAAAAAUACAAGAAUCUAAGCUCCUUUAAUGACAUUGAGCUUGCUAAUCUUCACAAGGAAUUGAGGCCUCACAUUCUUCGAAGAGUUAUCAAGGAUGUGGAGAAGUCUUUGCCUCCAAAAAUUGAGCACAUCCUCCGGGUUGAAAUGUCUCCCCUUCAGAAACAAACAGCUAGAAGCCUUUCAAAAGUCAAAAUCAGAAAAGGCUUUGGAGGGAAAGGAAGUAUUGGAUUGGCGAUGUCUCCAUUGAGCAACAACUCCUUGUUUCUGGAAUAUAGUUUUGCUGCACAGGUAUGGAAGCUCACUGCUUGUGAUCUCUGUGAGAUAGCAAGAAAUUCAGCUCAUCAAUCUGGAUUUUCCCAUGCAGCAAAGGCGAAAGAAGCAAGCCAACUUAUAGUAGUCACAAUAAGGACAGCAAUUGUGCAUGGCGAUGAACUCAUUGUCACCACAACAAGCCCCUAUGAGCAAGCAACAUUUAGUUCUAAAACUGAUUGGCGUGUGAGACAGGCUACACAUACAUCAUGCCCAAGAACAUUUUGAAGAAGUUUAUUUGCAUAGCAGAUCUUCGGAUUCAAAUUGCAGGAUAUUUGUAUGGCAUAAGCCUCCCCAGAUAACCCUCAAGUGAAGGAAAUCCGCUGUAUU